AUGCAUAGCCGGUGCCUUACUGCGCGUGCGUGCCUGGAAGGCCAUGGGAUGACUAUGACCAGUUGUGUUAAGGGCGCUUCAAAUGUUGCUCUGAUCUGCACAUUCUCUCCUCUCCCUGUGCGCCCCACUCCUUCCCACUCGCCCUACUUUCCACUCUUCGCACUCGUCCCGCUCUCCCCUUCCCCCACUCACCCCACUCCCCCCUUCCCCCACUCACCGCACUCCCCACUUCCCCCACUCACCGCACUCCCCCCUUCCCCCACUCACCCCACUCUCCCCUUCCCCCACUCACGCCAGAGCAACGGCUCUGCCUAG